AUGAAUUUACCAGGAUUUACUGGACAACUCAAUCACAAAAACACAGGCAUGUCGUCAGGAAAGAAAUUGUUGCUAAUGGGCCGCUCAGGCUCGGGUAAAUCUUCAAUGAGAUCCAUAAUCUUCUCCAAUUAUUCUGCAUUUGAUACACGUAGAUUAGGCGCAACAAUUGAUGUCGAACACUCCAAUCUACGGUUCUUAAACAAUAUGACUUUGAACUUGUGGGAUUGUGGUGGACAAGAUGUAUUCAUGGAUAAUUUUCUCAACAAAACCGACGAUUCUUCAAAUGAUAAUGGCUCUGCCAACAAUAUUUUCAGAAAAUGUGAAGUUUUGAUUCAUGUCUUUGAUGUUGAAAGUAAAGAAGUCGCCAAGGAUAUUAAUACUUUCAAACGAGUUUUGGAGAACUUGAGUAAGUUUUCUCCCAACGUUAAAAUCUUUAUUCUUAUCCAUAAAAUUGAUUUAGUCCAGUCGAAUAAAAGGCAGGAAUUGUUUCAGCUGAUGUAUAACAAUUUAAAGAAUAUUGCGUUUAAUGAAUAUGGUUUUAAAAUCAGCGGCUUUGCUACAUCUAUUUGGGAUGAAAGUUUGUACAAAGCAUGGUCAUCUAUUGUAUGCUCAUUGAUACCCAAUGUAGCUGUCUAUGAACAUCAUUUGGCGAAAUUGAUCCAAAUCAUAGAUGCUAGGGAAAUCAUCUUAUUUGAAAAAACUACAUUUCUAGUGAUAUCAUCGAUGAACAAAAGUAAAUCAAAUAGUAUUAAUAACGAUGCACCCCUGUCAAACUCUUUGAUACAACCGGUGGAUAAUUUAGAUCCUAAAAGAUUCGAAAAAAUCUCUAAUAUCGUUAAAACCUAUAAACAAAGUGUAAAUAAAAUCAGGUCAAACUUUAGAAAUUUGAUUCUACAUGGGAAAAAUUCAUCGAUAUAUCUAGACAUUUUGACCUCUAAUAUUUAUAUAAUGGUUAUUAUGGAAAAUAAAAUGGGGAAGGAUGAUAACUAUGAAAUAGACAACGAAAAUAUGUUAACCGAAGAUAUCAAGAUUGCCAGACAUUUAUUUGAGAAAAUUGAAAACAAAACUGUCAAUUGA